AUGCAACAAAGCGCGUCUAAGACCCCCGACCUGGCACGCUGUGACAUCCGGCGCACUGUCCUCCCUCCAACCGCCUCCACACUGAAAAAUGUUUCCCAUUCCCAUGACGUAACCCCAGCCCACGCAUCGGCCGCUCCUGCGUGUCGGUCUCCACCAGAAACGGAAUCGAGCCGAGAGCCUGUGCAUGCCUCUCCGCCUCAGCCGCCCGGCAUACCCUCAUGUGGUUCGCAGCGGCCCCUCGCGGACAUCGUGUUCACCAUCGCGGGCCUUGGGAUUGCCGCGACCAUCGCCACCGUGACUGUGGUGGGCGGCGGAGCGACGCUGCUCUUUUUCUCGCCCGUGCUGCUUUUCUUCUCGCCCAUCCUCGUGCCGCUGCUGCUGCUCGGAGGCGGAGCACUGGCACUGGCCACAGCAGCUGUAGCCACGAUAGCAACGCUCGUGUGGGGAUGGAAUUACUUCCGUGGGAAGCAGCCGUAUGGCUCGGAGCAGGUGGAUCGCUUGACUGGGGAGGUGAAAAGCGCUGCUGGUUAUGUCACCCACAAGGUGGCUGAUACAGCCCGGUCUAUGGGAGAGACGGGUUAUGGCACGGCUAGGGACACUGCUGGGACGGCGUAUGGUGCUGCGAGGGACACUGUGACCGGCUCUGCUGGACAGGCAUAUGGUGGAGCCAGGAACACCGCUGCACAGGCUGUGGGCGGUGCGGGUACGAAGCCCACUUCAGCUGCUGCUUAG